UGUGGACAAUGUUAGGUGAAUAAAAUUUUCGUUCACUAAAUUAUAUGGGCUGGAACUGGAAUGGACCAUUAACUCUAAGAAAGAGUUUGGUUUUACAUUUGGCUGUAGCCUCAAGUCUAUAAAAAGCCAAUCUUGAAUAAAUUGGCGGUUGCAGUUGGGCAAACAACCCCCACCCCGAAAUCAUGGCGGACCCGCUAAGCUGCACGGCGACAGACCUCCUCCCCCUCCUCGGCGGCUCCCCAAACGCCACCGCCGCCGCCACCUUCUUAUGCAGCCGUUUCGCCGCAGUAUCGGCGAAGCUGAGCGACGCCACAUACGCCAUCGACAACACUUACCUCCUCUUCUCGGCUUACCUGGUGUUCGCCAUGCAGCUGGGCUUCGCGAUGCUCUGCGCCGGCUCGGUCCGCGCCAAGAACACCAUGAACAUCAUGCUCACCAACGUCCUCGACGCCGCCGCCGGCGGGCUCAGCUACUACCUCUUUGGCUACGCCUUCGCCUUCGGUGGGCCCUCCAACGGCUUCAUCGGCAAGCACUUCUUCGGCCUCAAGGAGUUCCCCUCGCCCACAGCCGAUUACAGCCUCUUCCUCUACCAGUGGGCUUUCGCCAUUGCUGCUGCAGGUAUUACUAGUGGGUCGAUUGCAGAGAGGACACAAUUUGUGGCAUAUUUAAUUUACUCUUCCUUCCUGACCGGUUUUGUGUACCCGGUUGUUUCACACUGGUUUUGGUCCGGUGACGGAUGGGCUGGAGCCGGCAAGAGCGGCGGCGGCCUUCUCUUUGGGUCGGGCGCCAUCGACUUCGCCGGUUCAGGGGUGGUCCACAUGGUUGGUGGCAUUGCCGGUUUGUGGGGAGCCCUUAUAGAAGGUCCAAGAAUUGGGCGGUUCGACAGAAGCGGGCGGUCCGUAGCGCUGCGCGGCCAUAGCUCCUCACUAGUAGUCUUAGGCACCUUCUUGUUAUGGUUCGGAUGGUACGGGUUCAACCCCGGUUCGUUUCUGGUUAUCUUGAAGCCGUACGAGGACACGGGGCGGCCCUAUUAUGGGCAAUGGAGUGCGGUGGGGAGGACAGCUGUGACGACGACAUUGGCCGGGAGCACGGCUGCGCUGACUACCUUGUUCAGCAAGAGGCUGUUGGUAGGGCAUUGGAAUGUGAUCGAUGUGUGCAAUGGGUUGCUGGGGGGCUUUGCUGCCAUCACCUCAGGCUGCUCGGUGGUGGAGCCAUGGGCCGCAAUCAUAUGCGGUUUCGUGGCUUCUUGGGUGUUGAUCGGGUUCAACAAGUUGGCUGAGAGGCUGGAGUUCGAUGACCCUCUGGAGGCGGCCCAGUUGCACGGGGGGUGCGGUGCGUGGGGCCUCGUAUUCACCGGAUUAUUUGCCAAGAAGAUUUAUGUGGAGGAGGUUUAUGGUGAUAGGCCGUAUGGGGUGCUUAUGGGUGGGGAUGGGAAGCUCUUGGCUGCCCAAAUUGUGGCAGUCUUGGUCAUCAUGGCAUGGGUCACUGCUACAAUGGCUCCACUUUUCUUGGCACUCCACAAGUUGAAGUUGCUUAGGGUUUCAAGAGAUGAUGAGAUGGCUGGCAUGGACAUGACUAGACAUGGAGGCAUGGCUUAUAUCUACCAUGAUCAAGAUCAAGAUCAAGAUCAAAAUUCCAAUUUACCACAAGUCAAGAUGAGUAGGAUCGAUAAAUCGCCUAAUAUGCAAUCUCAUGAUUGAUGAAGCUCCUGCUCUUCUAUGUCAAGAAACGAACACCACAAAACAACAUCGAUCAUUGCCCAAAUUAUAAAUUGCGAGAAAAUCGCAAGCUUCAAAUGUAUAUAUGUAAAAGUGUUUUGUUGUGGGGGUUUAGAAAAUAAAAUUAUAAACUACUAUUUCAAACUUGUAA